GCUGAUUUCCAAGUCUUUUAAGUCUGGUCUAUUUUCAUGGCCUGUGAUAAUGAUUGAAAUCUGAGAGCCACUUCUAUCCUCCUAAUACUUUUCUUCUUCAAACUAUUAUAUAUACAACUCCCCGUUCUCCGGUACGUCCACACAACCAACCAAUCUCCAAAAUGAAGACAACUCUUUUAUCACCUCCCUCCCUCGCCCUCUUACUCACCAUGGCCGCCGCCGCAGCAAGAGUCUCCUUCGCCGUCGAUUACGAAGUCACCAACAACGCCAUCGGCACAUCCGGCGGAACCCGCUUUGACUCCGAGAUCGGCGUUGAUUACACCAGGCAGGUCCUUUCGGAUGCCAGCUCUUUCAUCUGGACCACUUUCAACCAACCCAACGAAGGCGACCGCAAGAACGUACAACUCAUCACCGGCCUCAUCGAGAGCAUGGAUGGCGUCGCCUACACUGCCGGAAACACUAUUCACGUCAGCGCACAGUACAUAGAGAAUUUUUCAGGCGACGUGAAAACGGAGAUCACAGGCGUGCUUUACCACGAGACAACGCACGUGUGGCAGUGGGACGGGCAGGGACAGGCGCCGUCAGGGCUUAUAGAGGGGGUGGCUGACUACGUGAGGCUCAAGGCCGGGUACGAGCCCCUCGACGGCCAUUGGGUGAAGCCCGGGCAGGGUGACCGGUGGGAUCAGGGCUACGACGUUACGGCACGAUUUCUUGAUUACUGUGCUGGGUUGGACUCUGGGUUCGUUGCCAAGCUUAAUGCUAAGAUGAAGGAUGGGUAUAGCGAUGAUUUUUUUGUGGAGCUGCUGGGUAAGACUGUAAAUCAGCUGUUUAGCGACUACAAGGCUGCAUAUGGGGGCUGAGACUUGAUGUGUUCACCUGACGUCCUUACGUACUGUACUAAUAAUAUUACUGAAAUGAAUGUCUUAAUCAGAGUAUUUCUGCUAUACUAAUAUAAACUUAAAUUCCCUUUUAAUAGAUCAGAAACAGCCAUCGGUUAGCUCG